CGAAACCCCGGAGCUGCGACACAGGCCGUUUUGAAGCAAUACGCCGAGCGCCACUAGCAGCAAGACGUCACCAGUGGACUGACUUGAGGAGUUUCUCUUUAUAUUCUGGCGCGGUCCGGCCUGCAGCCUCGACUUCGAUCUUGCAUCAACAUCGCGUCCAGUCUCAUCCCGCAGCCUCUCGCAACAGACUCUCUUCCACAAUGUCUUCUGCUACCAACUUCUUCGACUUCACGGUGCUCGACGCCGCCGACACCGAAGUCCCUCUGGCCAACUACAAGGGCAAGGUCGUCUUGGUCGUCAACACGGCGUCCAAGUGCGGCUUCACCUACCAGUACAAGAACCUCGAGUCCGUCUACCAGGCCCUCAAGAAGGAGUACCCCGACGACUUCACCGUCAUCGGCUUCCCCUGCAACCAGUUCGGCGGCCAGGAGCCCGGCAGCAACGAGGAGAUCCAGAACUUUUGCUCGCUGGAGCAGAAGACGACGUUCCCCGUCAUGGCCAAGAUCAACGUCAACGGCAACGAUGCGCACCCCCUGUAUCAGUGGCUGAAGAAGGAGAAGCCUGGUCUGCUUGGUCUCGAGAGGAUCAAGUGGAACUUUGAGAAGUUCUUGAUCGGCCGUGACGGCAAGGUUAUCGACCGCUGGGCCAGCACUACCGAGCCCGAGAAGUUCCAGAACAAGAUCGUUGAGGCCAUCAAGGCGCCCGCCCCUCAAUAAUCGAUGAGGCUUGAGGAAGAGGAAUGAGAAAAGGAGAAAAAAAAGAACGAAUAGAUUGUAAAUAACGAGCAUGUAAUAUUUGACGAUUCAAUGAUACCUCCUCUACCUAGGUAUAGAACGGCCUUUGUGAAAGUUUCAUUCAGGUCGCAUACUAGAUGCUACAUGCGCAUCCAGUAAAUAUACCCGCAUGAAAUCGCCUUUUCA